AUGUCGGACGCGCCCUCGAGUCGACCCCGCAAGGUUUGCUUCGUGACAAUUGGCGCGACUGCUUCCUUCUCGGCCCUCAUUCGCGCCACCCUCUCGUCGUCCUUCUGUCACGCGCUUGAGCAGAACCACUACACAGACCUGAUCGUACAGUAUGGCGCCGACGGUGAUAGCUUGUUCCAGUCACUGGUACACGACCUAGAUGCGGACAAACAACAUGCUGCUGUCAAUGUAUCUGGAUUCGGCUUGGACACGAGCGGUCUUGGACAAUACAUGAAGCUGGCUAAGACAGGUGGAGACGAUGGUGGUGUAGAAGGCCUUGUCGUCAGCCAUGCCGGCUCAGGAACCAUUCUCCAUGCUCUGCGCGUCGACGUGCCGCUCGUCGUUGUACCAAACUCGGAACUGCUGGACAACCACCAGGUCGAGCUCGCAGACGCCCUUGCCGACCAGGAGUACGUCGUCCACGGCAAGCUGGAAGACCUACCGCAAGCACUACUAGACGCCGAGAAGUUACGACUCCGGAAGAAAGCGUGGCCACCCAUCAACUCAGGUACACACCGACAAACAAAAGGCCUUGCUGCCGUUGUUGACGAAGAGAUGGGAUUUUUGGUUGAUUGA